CACAAUGAUCGGUUAAGAGAGAGUGUUGAUAGCCCUUGAUGCAUAAGAUUGUUGAGUGGUUCAUUGAAAAUGUCAAACAAUAACCUUUCUAUAAAUGGUCCUUUCCCUCUAAUUUGGAACAACACCACUGCAAAUAACGUUACCAAAAUCCCACUCAAUUCUAUUCCACAAGCUUUCAACCAACGUUCACGAUCGCCAAUGCUGAAUGCGAUGGCCGAGAACAUCUAAAAUUUAAGAGCCCAUUGUCGUUGUUAACAAAAUAAAAGCAGGGUUUGUGACCCAUCCACAGGAAACAUACCAACAAAAAGUUUCAAUGAGCACACAUGGUUCUUACAGCAUGAGAUCCAAAGCCUCCUUUGAAAAUGAAGGCAAGGCCACGGUGAAAGAAAGUGGGGGAGGAGGGAGUGGAGGGAAGAACGGGAAGACAAUGUCCUCCAACAGCAAGGAGAAUCUGUUCAUAUGUUUUCUGGUGACACUUUGGUACUCUUCAAACAUUGGUGUGAUCCUUCUCAACAAGUACCUGCUUUCAAACUAUGGGUUCAAAUUCCCCAUCUUCCUCACAAUGUGCCACAUGUCAGCCUGUGCUGUUUUCAGCUAUAUCUCCAUUGUGUUCUUCAAGGUGGUGCCUCAGCAAAUGAUCAAAUCGAGGUCCCAGUUCAUGAAGAUUGCAACUUUGAGUCUUGUCUUCUGUGCCUCUGUGGUGGGUGGCAACAUAUCCCUCAGGUACCUCGCCGUGUCCUUCAACCAGGCGGUCGGGGCAACCACACCCUUUUUCACUGCUGUCUUUGCCUAUUUGGCUACCCUUAAGAGAGAAGCUUGGGUUACGUAUGCUGCCCUUGUUCCUGUUGUUGCUGGGGUUGUCAUUGCAAGUGGGGGUGAGCCAGGGUUUCACUUAUUUGGAUUCGUUAUGUGCCUAAGUGCUACCGCUGCAAGAGCUUUCAAGUCUGUCCUUCAGGGCCUUUUACUUUCUUCUGAAGGGGAAAAGUUGAACUCGAUGAAUUUGCUCCUUUACAUGUCUCCAAUCGCCAUCCUAGUUUUGUUGCCUGCAGCUCUUAUCAUGGAACCCAAUGUGGUAGAUGUGACACUCACGCUUACAAAGGACCAUAAAUCUAUGUGGCUUCUUCUUUUUCUUAACUCUACCACAGCUUAUGCAGCAAACUUAACAAACUUCUUGGUGACCAAACAUACUAGUGCUCUCACACUCCAGGUGUUAGGCAAUGCAAAAGGUGCAGUGGCUGUUGUAAUCUCCAUACUGCUAUUCAGAAACCCUGUGACUAUUGUGGGCAUGGGUGGAUACACAAUUACUGUGAUGGGAGUAGCUGCAUAUGGGGAAACAAAAAGGAGGUUUAGAUGAACAUGGCAGAGCAUUCACCACAUUGUCUUAUUCGUGUAUUUUAUUGUAGUUAUUUAUGAUAUGAACAAGAUUCCUUGUAACGUGUGUAGGAGUAGAAGGAAGUGAUUUUAUACUAAUAUGCUGUUGUAUCUACCACAUAAAUAUUUAUCUAUCACUCGUACAUUUUAUCCCAA